GGCGGCGCUCCCCCGGUGCCCCCGCGGGGAGCCCUGCCCGGCUGCGGCCCCGCACGGAGCUCGCGGUGCUCGGGGCUGCGGCGGGAGCCCUUCCCCGCCCGGCUGCCCGGCCGCCUCCCUUACAUAAUGUCACCUGUGGUACCUGCGGCUCCCUCGUGUCACACCAGCGGGUGGUCGGCGGUGACGGCAGAGCGGGGCUUUCUCUGAGUCCUAGGUGUGUGAAUCAACCUAUCAUCACUGGAUCGUCGGUUUAAUCUUGCUAACCUGACAACCGUUGUACGCGGGUUGUGUCCAYACCAGACUGAGGUGCUCCUGAUCAACCAGAUCUUUCAGGAUUUUUUUAGAAAGAAACUUUGGUGUGUAAAARAUGUGCCAUGGAAUGGUAGCACCAAAGAGCAACACAGGAUCAUCUCUUUCCUUGACUAGCCAUGGGUUAUUUCGUCUGCUAGUUAUCUUUGGUACCUUUGUCUUGGAAGCACAGUCCACAGGUUGGCUAAGCAAAUCCAAAGGAUCUGCAUAUUGUCCCCAGCCACCACAACCUGAGAAUGGAGGCUAUAAAUGCCACCCUAGCCCCUGCAGCAACCCUCUGACUUCAGGCAGCGUCAUAGAGUAUCUGUGUGUUGAAGGAUACAUGCUGAAAGGAGAUUAUAAAUACUUGACCUGCAAGAAUGGGGAGUGGAACCCAGCCAUGGAAGUCAGCUGCAGGCUCAGCCCAGAAAAGGACUCUCCUCCGACAAUUGGAGUGCCCACGCUGUCCAUAGUGGCCUCCACAGCGAGCUCCGUUGCCCUGAUUCUGCUGUUGGUUGUGCUGUUUGUUUUGCUGCAGCCGAAGCUGAAGUCGUUCCAUCACAGCAGGCGAGACCAAGGUGUGUCUGGAGAUCAGGUCUCUAUUAUGGUGGAUGGUGUCCAAGUGGCCUUGCCAUCCUAUGAAGAAGCAGUGUAUGGCAGCACAGGGAACUGCAUUCCACCCUCGGACUCCCGAGUGCAGAUCGUGCUCUCGGAGGGAGCUGGACAGAAUGGACCCAGAGAGAUGCAGCAGCCGGACCAAGGGGCUCACAAUAGCUUUGAAAGAGAAGAUGAAGCCCCUGGACAUUCUGGACUAUGUGAAGCCAGUGGCUCUCAGCGCUCUGAAACUGUUCUUGUGCAUCAGGCUGCUACCUCCUCCUGGGUAGCUGGCAUGGCUAGCAGUAGACCUGUACACAAAGAGGUCCAAGAUUCAGAAAGCAGUGACAUACAGAGCCUUUUAUCACUCACUUCCUCUGAGGAAUACACAGAUGAUAUUCCCUUAUUGAAGGAAGCAUGAGGUCUGCUGUGUUUGUCUGGUCUUCUCUCCAUCUUGGAUUUCUUCCUCCUCCCCUCUCCCUACCUUUGGGACAGAAGYACUCUGUGCAGUCUUCCCUAUCCUCGCGAGCUGUACCCUGGAUACCUCCAAGAAGAGAUGCCCUCAGCUGAAGAUCCAAAGGAUGUCGCCAGGUUGCCUCCUGGAUGCACCAGUGGAGUUGGUGCAGCGCUGGCUUCCCCAUUCCAUCAGCAUCAGGGGCUCAAGGAACAGAGUGGAUUGAGCUCUCCUCUUCUUUUCCCUAGCCAGAUGUUUGACAGCAGUCUCUGAAGAGCUGCUCUUUUCUUGUGCCUUUCUCCUCCUCACACCGGCUUGUUGCAGCUUAUCAGCCUUUCUAGCCCUUCUGCUGCCCAGAGAGCAGGGGCUAAACUCGCUUGCUCGCUGGGUGCAGACACAGUUGAAAUAUACGUAUAUAUGUUAUAUAGGCUCUUCCAGCAUCCUCUUUGUGAUAGGGCAGGACAAAACUCCUCACUGGGACUGAAAUUGGGCUUGGGAGGGAUUGCAGUUCAGGGGCAACUUGUGAUGUCCAGAAGUACCUCAGAUGAGAUGGGCUGUGUGCAGCUGAGSUGUGCAGGAAUAGGUCACUGAGAGUUGCUAAAGAACUGAAGGCUGAGAAGUCCAACAUGUAGGAAAGCCCCAUCUCUGCAGGAUUCCAUUCCCAAUUGUCUWCUUCUUCCUUUACCAGUGCAGCCCACUGGGAGAAGUUCAGGUGUUUGAAAAUAUUAAGACAAAAAAAUUACUGUAGGUAAUGAAUUCCUAGUGCCAUUGGUACAAUCCCAAAUUAAUUUUCCAGCCACAGUAGGUACUUGAAUCCUGGGCAGCUGCCAUCUCAGAGGCUGGUGUGUCUUCCUAGCUUUAUACAGCAAAGGGUCUGCUGUUUUAACCUGGUGAGCUCCAGUGGGCUGACAGAGAAGGGCUCCUCCCUUGUGGCUGGGGGUAAGCAGCAUUCGUACAGCCUCUCCUAAAUACAGCGCCAGCCUGUUGCUGUGAGGGAAGGUCGAGUACACUGACAGCCAUGCUAGAGGACACCACAGCUCAUUCCUGAAAUUUUCAGUAGUUUCAASUUCUGAUAGUAGGGAAGAGAAAAUUCAGAAAUAUGUGUCCCUAACUGCUCCCCACAGUUAUCUACAGCAGGUCAGAAUGUCCAUGUUAAGACUCCAUAUCUGCAGGGAGCCGCAUUUGUCUGGAGCAGGUGGUCCAAUCUGAGUGCUAUGGUGGUUGUAAGGUUCUUCACUGKUGUGGUCUGGACACUGUUCCAUGGGAUUGGUUUCAGCAAGAAGAGUUGGCUUGUUAGAUGCAUGUACCUUGUCAUAACUGUCUUGAAGUAACCAGGGAAGCAUUCACCCUGUGAGAAGCUGCUAAUUUUUGAGUUGAAGAGGCAAAAUGUCAUGGCCUUUUACAYCAUGUGGUAAUGUACAACUAAAUAGGGAUGCUGUCUUUGCUGCUUUGCUUUUAGUUUACGAUCCUUACCAUCCUUAUUCUUGUUGCUACAGUAAAAAACCAUUACAACACUUGAUAAAAGUGACACAACAUCUUUACCUAUAAAAUCACUGUGGCUUAGCUCCAGUUCCUUGAGGUGGGCAUUGGCCAUAGUAUCUAGCUGUGUAUCUGCUAUUCUUUUUCCUGAAGAGCUGUUAAAUCCCAGGGYACAUGGAACAGUGUGUGCUUGUGGAUGGAAGUAUCCUUUUUUCCCUAUCCUUGUUAUAGAGGGAUGCUAAUUUAAAAAUACAGUGUUUUAAACAWCCUUCCCUGUUGCUCAUGUUACCUUGCAUUAACACAAGAAUUUGAUAAAUCCCAUUUGGGUGGUUUAGGUAUUUUUUGUUCAGUUUGGAUGGUGAGAAUCCUAUGUUAUUUUACAAUGCGCUGUGGUGUCUCAGCUUCAAGCACUGUAGAAGACAAAUGCUGUUUACACAUCUGCUAUUGGAAUUUAAAAAAAUAAGCAUGGGAACAACUAUUUAGCUUUUUGAUUGUUGGAAAUGGUCUAAGCUUUAGUAAAUUCUCAGUCAUUGGUUUAUCARGGCUGAUGGAGGGGUCCAUCAAGUGUAGUAGUAAGGGAGUGAGGAGRAAAGUCUGUGCGACUUCUUUCCUGCUGUCUGACCAGCUCGGAGCAGGAGUUGCUUUUUAUGCAUUUAUGUCUUGUCUGGUCAAACUGACCCUCAGCAGUUCAAGGUAUAGAAGCUGGGAAUGUGCUGCCUUCCUGCAAAGGGCGGUGCUAGUGCCGGGUUGGUGGGAGAAGCUGGAAUCUGUACCCAAGGCCUGACCUUGCUCUGGACAAGCACCUGCACCACCAGCAGAGGACACAUCCUCUGUKGCCUGAUCUCCUCUCUGCUGUUGUAAAGCAAGCAGCUGCCAGCUUGGGAGAGGAARUUCAAUUUGGGUGGGGAAGAAAAGGAAGCAAGCUGUACAAAGASGUAGUGCUUUAAUUUCACAGAAUUAAUUAGGCUGGAAAAUACCUUUGAGAUCAUUAGGUCCGACUGAUGACUGAACACCAUCUUGUCAACUAGACCAUGGCACUGAGCGCCACAUCCCGUCUUCUCUAAAAGGCCUUCAGGGAUAGUGAUUCCACUACCUCCCUGGGCAACCCAUUUCAAUGCCCAGUCACUCUUUCUGUGAAGAAUUUCUUCCCAAUGUCCAGCCUAAACUUCCCCUGGUGCAGCUUAAGGCUGUGUCCUCUUGUCCUGUCACUGGUURUCUGGGAGAGGAGACCRAUCCCCACCAGGCUGCAUCCUCCUUACAGGGAGUUGUGGAGAAUGCUGGGGUUCCCCAUCAACCUCCUCCAGGCUGAACAACCCCAGCUCCCUCAGCCUCUUCAGGAUUUGUGCCCYGGACCCUCCACCAGCCUUGUUGCCCUUGUCUGGAUAUGUUUGAGCAUCUCAAUGUCCUUCCUAAACUGAGGGGACCAGAACUGGACACAGCACUCAAGGUGCUGCCUCCCCAGUGCUCAGUACCGGGGGACAAUCACUGCCCUGGUCCUGCUGGCCACACUGUUCCUGAUACAGGCCAGGAUGCCACUGGCCUUUUUGGCCUUGUGGACACACUCCUGGCUYGUGUUCAGUCUGCCAUCAGUCAGUACCCCCAGGUCCUUUCCUGCCUGGCUGCUGUCCAGCCACUCUUCCCCCAGCCUGUAGCACUGCAGGGGCUUGCUGUAGCCAAGGUGCAGGACCCAGCACUUGGUCUUGUUAAACCUCAUAUUACUGGAUUUUACAAAAAUUGUUGGAAAUGGCUUUACUAAUGCGUGGGGGGAAUGCGGAGGUGGAGGGAAAUAGCCAAGUGUAGCUGUUGUGAUCAGGCAUAAGCAGGCAGCUUCUGUUGGCUUGCUGAGGGUAAGCCAGCAGCUUACCCAGACCAGUCUCUGUGCUGGCUGGUCAUCCCUUUUGAUGAGUCAAGAUCCUGCAGAAGAGCUCUAUUCCCUGCAGCUAAUCUUGUGGGAACAGGCCCCAAGGAUCUAUAUAAGACAGAACAUCGAACACAGUUUGGGGGGCAUCACAUUGCUCUUGUCCACAUCCUCAGCUUUAGAGUUAAUUUUCAUAUAAAAUAAGGUAAAAUGGCAAGGCAGUUAUCCAAAAGAUGUCUGGCAACUUUUUCAAGGAGGAGGGAGAGGAAGGCCUCAUGUUACUGAUUAUCAAGUGAUUAUUAUUCAUUCGUGUUUGUUUUAAUUCUGCAGUGGCUGAAGGACUGGGAAAUCUUUGGAUAGACAUAGAGGAAAACCUGCUUUGCACAGUCCUGUCUUUAYUUAUUGGAGCAAGAGCUGAAGCCUAAAAAUCCCUCAGUUGUGAGCUGUGCUCUGCCUCAGGAGUCUUCAUUAUCUCUGAGCAAAGAAUGUCUUCUCUCUGGAUUUUGCCAUAAGUAGAUGCAGCCUGGAUCUCAGUAUGGUGGUUGGGAAGUACAGAGGCUCAGCCUUGCAAGAUGUAACACAGGAAAUUUUUUGCUUGUUUGUUUGUUUUUUGUUGGUUUGUUUUAUUUUGUUUCCUGAUGGGGCCACAGUCUCCAUACCUUUUCUUCCCCCACCCAUGUCUGGCAACAGAUUUCAAAGGGAGGUAUUUUUUCUUAUUUAACACUCCCAACAUAAUCAUCUCAUACUCUGUCAUACAUGCCGGAUCCUGUCAUAUUCAAAAACAUUAAAAUGAUUAAUUAUAUUGAGAAAAAUAAAAAUAGCACUUAUUUUAAAGGUUUAUAUUAUUUUUGGAGUUUGAUAGUUGGGGGAAAAGGGCAUUUCAGAAAUUCAGGAUAUUAUGUGCAAUAGAAAAACUUCCUUGCUCCUUUCCAGUUACAUAGUUUUUUUAAAAAAUAAAUGYAACUUAUUGCAGUGUUUACAGCCCAAGCACUGUAGAACUGGAUCAGCCUGAGWGAGCCAGGAAGUGAGACUGGCAGUGACCCAUGGGGAAGUGGGCCAGUCUCCUGUCAGGGUCUGCAUCAUGAAGCUCACCUCAAAUGAUGAGCCAGCUUGGAAUGUGUCAGAGCCUCCUGCAGCCUUGAAGGGUGUCAGCAGCACUGGUGAGAGAAGGGGUUUGUGUGUUCUGGUUAUAAAUAGCUUGUGCCUCCCCAUCAUUAACUGCAGAAGAGGUAAAAAGAAGUCAGGAUAGAUGUGCUGUGGUGUGUGAGCCUGUGGAGUUGUUGCUGAGUUAAAACAUCAUGAGUUUGGGAUGGAGAAGAGCUUAAUGCAUUUUUGUCCUUAAKGACCAGGGAAGUUGCUGUAUAGCAGAAUGUGUACUCAGUAAGCAGARUGCUUUUCACCCCUUGGACAUCUACCCUGAGGUUUCUGCUUGGCCUUCCAGCUCUGGUGUGGUGAAUUGUUUACUGCAUCUGGAGUCUUAAUUUGGCCUUUCUGUGUAUGRAGAACUCGGGUUAGGAAGAAAUCUGUUGCACGUGCUUUGGGAAGAAACAUGCUAAGAUGCUCCCACAGGUGGGUGACUUGGGUCAAUACUGAGGAGUGGAGCUAAAAGAGCAACUGGCUCAGCUCUUGGAAAUAAUCUGGGAUGAUUAAGUCAUUUGCAGUGCAGAAAAGGGAGCACAAGGAGGAGUGUAAGGAAGAGCUGAAAACAGGUAUACUGCAGGCUAAUGAGCUAAUGCAAUCAUGACCAGGUUGUAAGGAAGCUUGUGCUUUGUUAGAUGAUUUAGCAUACACCAGCAGGCUUGCUGUAAAAAAAAAAUUAUUGUACAACUGGUUGGACACACUGAGCUGUCCUUGCUGAACUUUUUAGAACAUACUUGCAAAAUGUGGUUUUACUGUUCUGAAUAGCAAUUUUAAAAAAAAUCUGCCUUGUUACUCUAUCCAGAUAACUAUUUAAAUAGAUUACACUUUCUGUUUUUUGUAUAUAAAUGCAAUAAAUCCCAUUCAUUUUGCACAUCCUGCCUCACCCCAUUCUCACCCUUCAGUCCUUACCAGGGAACAGCAGAUUUAAUUUGCUCUAUGUGAAAACCUUUGUUUGCAGAAGAACUUCAUUAGAAAAUAGUUUUUUUUCUACUAAAUGCUUUGAAAGUACAAAGAGGGUUCCUAGAGCAGGCUUCAUUUUAAGGUGUAUUUUUAUAUAAGAAUUAAGCCUUUUUGCAGUCCUAGCACACCAGGACAGAACAUGCCACUUCCCACACUUCAGGGCCCUGUGUUCAGCACUGGUUUCAAACUCAACCCUCUGCAGGUGAUGUUCAAAUACAUGUACCCACCAGAACAUGUAAUAUUGAUGCUCUGCAUACGCUUUCUGUAAGCUAUGCUUUUGCUUCUGUCUUUGAGUGAGAACAGACAGAGGCAACUGAGUUGUGCUGGAAAAUGUUUUAGUUCAGAUUCUCAAAUUUGAUUCCUUCCAAAAGAAAACGAAGUUGUCUGUGAAGCAGAUGUCCUAUGAUGUGGUGGGUAGACUGCUGGUAGUUGCUGAUCCAAGUGCAAGGGGAGCUUGAUUGCCUUUCUGCAUUAAUCUUUUCUUUCCUGUAUGUGUUUUCUUUUUAUCUGAAUUGCACCACUAUGGAAUUAUUUGCAGAAUGGUACUCCAUUUAUGUAUGUGGGAUUUAAAACCAUAACUGAUGCUGUGCAGGAUGUCACUCAAUUGGUUUUAUUUUGCUUUAUUUUAUAUGUAUUUUCUGGUAUCCUGUACAUUGCAGUGGGUGUGAAGAUAGUAUUUUAAUAUUUGUACAAAGUUUAAUUUAAUUGUUCUAUGUAUAUAACUGCAUUUCUAAAUUAAAAAAAAAAAUUCUUUUGAAGUGAAGCUAUAAUUCU